AAAACCAGACUGCAGCAUCCUCCUGCUGUUAAGCCUCUCAAGUAACUGUCUAUUAUAGUUUCUGCUUUUACUUGUACUCCUGCUACGUUCAGUUCCACAUGUAUUAACGGUGACUGAAAGCUGUGUUAACAUGCUUGUGUGAAUUUAGCUGUACAAAUAUAAACAUGUUGUAUUUACGGUACCUCAUGGGGAUUUGCAGUCAAGGAAACUCCCAUCAUUUAGCUUUAACCAAAAAGAUGAGAUUAUCCUGUCUAGGCUGAGAUUAUACUCUUAUCCAACAUAAUAUGUCUUACUCUGCGGUCUCACUCGUCGUCUUUAAUUGAAAAUGAGAAAAGGAAGGAGAUGAAGUCCUUUUCAUCCACUACAGUUCUGUCAUAACAGAAAACUAGUACCCUCAUGUUGUAUGUAAGGCAAAUUACUGCAAGUAGAGCUUCACUUCUAAGGUAAGAGAGGCCUGUUUGAUCAGACUGCACCUCCUUUGGCAAAUAAAGUGGAGUUUUAAUCUCAAUUCCUGUUCAUCAUGUACUGUGUUUACUUUUCUGUCCUCACACACCCUAGUGGCACAGCUGCAGCUGAGGACACAUUCACCAAACAAAAGCCCCAAACCUCGCUGUGGAUGCUGUCAAAAGAAAGCCGGCCGCUUCUGAAAGCUUCCGGAUGCGCUGAAACGGGAGGAGUGUGAACGCCGUUUCCCUCCCCUCCUCCACCCCCCGGGACAGAUAGACCGGACCGGCACCGGUGCCAUUGGAUGGAGAGAGGCGCCUGAAGAAGGGAGAGCGGUGGAGUUGGUCAACCCCCCUUCUCCUCCUCCUCCUCUUCCUCCUCCUCCUCCUUCUUCCCUACUGCACCAAAAGAAAACUCCGGGCUGGCUGCAGCACCAUGUCCUCGGCUCAAAGUGGGGAUAUAUCAGGCUACCAUCUGAGCGUGGUACGUAACCCGCCGGGCUGGGAGGUGGGAAUCUACCUAGUGGGCUUCUUCGUGCUGCUGGGUGUGGCCGGACUCAACAUCUGGAAGCUGUGGAAAUCUGGAACCUUCCCCACGCCAUCCCCCUUCCCCAACUUUGACUACCGGUACCUGCAAGAAAAAUAUGGAAACUCCUUCUCGGAAGUCAGGCAAAAGAGAGUGGCAGCCAACAAUCACCGGCGGGCCUCCACCACCUCUAGCCGCAAGCCCAGCCUGGCCCUGGGUGACACCCCAGAUGGCUUCAGAGACCUGGGUCACCUGGAGCUGAUGAGCAGAGAGCUGGACCCGACUGGCAUGGCCCAGCUCAACCGUUCCAUCUCCACCGAUUCGCUCAGUUCCAUCUCCUCCAUCGCCAACAAUUUUGGCCAUGACUUCACUGUCGGCCAGCUGGAGGUGACUCUGGAGUUUGAGCAGUCCAGGCUGCCAGGUCAGGGAGUGGGAAUGCUCCACAUCAGCCUGCACCAGGGCAAGGACCUGCUGGAGAAGGAGGAGGGAGACUUUCCAGGCUGCUUCAUCAGAGUCUCUCUGGGGCCAGAAGAGCUAAACGUGGGAGUCACAAGGGUCCAGACAAAUGCAUACACCGUGAUUUUUGAUGAGCGCUUCUCCAUCCCUCUGGACUUGUCCAGUCUGGAUGAGUGCAGCCUGAGAUUUGCUGCUUUUGGUAUUGAUGCUGAUGAGAGAAAUAUCAGUGCGGGGAUAGCAGAUCUCAAGCUGUCAGACCUGGACCUGACCAUCAGACCGUUCAACGCCUGGCUCUACCUUCAGGAUGUCAAUAAGGCUGUGGAUGCAGUCGGGGAGAUCCUGUUGUCUCUCAGCUACCUGCCAACAGCAGAGCGCCUCACAGUGGUUGUGGCCAAAUGUAAGAACCUGGUGUGGACCAACAGCAAGAACACUGCAGACCCAUUUGUCAAAGUGUAUCUCCUGCAAGACGGCAGGAAGAUCAGCAAGAAGAAGACAUCCACCAAAAGGGACGACACAAACCCAAUCUUCAAUGAAGCCAUGAUCUUCUCUGUGCCAUCCCUCGUCCUGCAGGAGCUCUCCCUGAGGGUGACGGUGGCAGAGGCCACAGACGACGGUCGGGGCGAGAACCUGGGUCACGUGAUCAUCGGUCCAGAGGCCAGCGGGAUGGGGAUUACCCACUGGAACCAGAUGCUGGCCACUCUGAGGAAGCCUGUGUCCAUGUGGCACCCUCUGCGCAGGAUCUAGUCCUCUCGACUCUUGCGCAUACCCGACCUGUUUCAAGUAAAACACCCGCUUCUUCAUGUUCCUUUCACCUCUCCCCUUGUUGGGUGCCAUGUUCAAAUCUGUAGCAUAGAGUUUACAUUGUGGCCCACAGGAGGAUACUGCGUGUGGUCUGUGUCACUCUAACAAAUUGGAGUAAACACCUUAUCAUCAUAUAAGGGGGAGGAAUCUGAUAAGCUAGUGUUUGACCCUGAACUGGGUCUAUUAUUGAUCCCUGGAUCAAUUACACACUUUCUAUUAUUUGGCUCCAUUCUGUCUCUGCAUUAUGGGUGAGGCUGGCGUUUAUGAAGGAACAGCCCAUUUCCCAAAUUACCCAGUUCACCUGCUCAAAGUAACAGAUGAGGUUUUAAAGGAUAUGGUUGGUGAUUUUCUGUGUUUUUAUUAUUGCCAACAAUAAAAAAAAA